AUGGGGGACUAUCGGCAAAGUUUGCUCAACCCUUACCAUACCUCGAAGGCUGAGGACAGCUCGGGAAGGGGACAGAAAGAUGAUCCUCUGGGCUUCCAGAACCCUGUGUAUGAGGGCCUACGGUCCACGGACCUCAAAUACAAAGACCUAGAUGACGGGAAACUGGGGUUCGAAGACCAGGAAGAGGAAACUCCCCCUGAGGAGGUGACCGAGGAAGAACUUACAGAUGUCCAGGAGCCAGGAGAGGCCCUCCUAGCGGUGAAGAGGGCCCUGGAGAAAGAUGAGGAGGGUGUGACUGAGAUGAGCCGGCUGUCCAUCACCCAGAGGUUCCCUAGCACCUUCAUGCGAAGAGGGAAGAAGAAGAAGAGGCGGCUUCUUGAGCUGGCAAAACCCAAGACCAACUGGCAGACCUUGAAAAACAAGAUGGGGUGCCGCUGUAAGGGCUUUGUCUGGAUCUCCCCAUGCAUGACGAACUUGCGGUUCUGUGUCUACUGGCCAUCCGUGUAUUGGACAGAGAGAUUUCUGGAAGACACCACCCUCUCCAUCACGCUGCCUGCAGUGUCCCGCCGAGUGGAGGAACUUGCUCAACCCAAAAAGUUCUACACGGAUUAUUGCGACAGCAAUAGGACUACCCACAACGUGCCCAUUUCUCAGUGUCCCUUUGACUAUCAACUAUCUAAUCGCCUGAGGGAGCUGGCCACCCCGAAGGUCCGGAAUAACAUUUGGAACAUAGACAUGUCUGAGGUGUCCAAGGUGUCCAAGGCAGCCCAGAUGGCCAUCCCCAGUUCAAGGAUCGUGCAGUUGGCAAAGCCCAGGCCUCCGGCCACCCUUUUGGAAGAAUGGGACCCUGUGCCAAAACCUAAGCCACAUGCAUUAAACUAUAACCGGCUCCUUUACUUGGCCAUGCCCAAGGCCCAGUCAGAUCAGUGUGUUCCUGACCGAGAUCCACGCUGGGAGGUGCUGGACGUCACCAAGAAGGCAGUGGCCAGUGCCCGGAUCCACUUGUUGGCCAAGCCCAAAGUGCGGAAGGAGCUCAAUGAGGGCUACGACCGGCAUCCCCUCGCCUAUAUGAGCUCGCCACCCCCAAAAGCAUCACCAAAAAAGUGUGACGAACCCAGGCCGGGCCUCUGA